AUGGCACAUCGCCAAAUCACCCGGCAACUCCUUGCCGGCGCAUUCAUUACGAUCUUCCUAAUCUUUCUCUUCUUUAUCCAGCCUCAAGGCCCGCCGAGUCCCGCCGUUCGUGCCCCCGGCCACCUCGACAAGUCCGCGCCGGCCGUGGCCUCGAAGGAUGAUUUGAUCAAAGGGGAGGUGGUCAUGCCCAAGCUAGGGAAUGCGACCGCAAAGGCGGAACUAGGCCGUGCGACGUGGAAAUACUUCCAUACCAUGCUGGCUCGGUAUCCCGAAGACCCGACCGAGGAGCAACAGGAAACCUUACGCUCCUUCAUCUAUCUCUUUGCGCGACUCUACCCCUGUGGCGAAUGCGCCUCGCACUUCCAAGGACACCUUAAAAAGUACCCCCCACAGGUGUCGUCACGCAAUGCAGCGGCCGGAUGGGGGUGUUUCAUCCACAACGAAGUGAACAUCAUGCUCGAGAAGCCGGAGUUCGACUGCAACAACAUCGGCGACUUCUACGAUUGCGGUUGUGCGAAGGACGAAGAGGACGAGGACCAGGAGGCGACUACGAACAAGGAUCUGCCUAGUGGCCGGAGGGAGGCCGAGGGCGAUGGCACACCACCCCCCGUCGAGAUUAACAAGGAACCGACCACUCGAGGAUGA